GGAUGUAGGUACAGUUUAUUUAUUAAAAUUUUACUAAUUGUAGAUUACAAAAGAAAAUGGUUUUAAAAUUCUCCAUCUUAAUAAAGGCAAACGACUCCUCAGUAUCGAAUUUUUUCCCGCCAUUUUCUUUCUUUAUAAGUAGCAAAGGAAAUUAAUUUAAUUCGCUGAUGUCGUUGGGAACCGAAAAUCGUCAAGUCUCCCGUAAAGUAAAAUCGGUAACUAUACACUCUGCCAACAGAGAAACACACGCCUGCGUAUAUACUAUAAAUAUAUUUAAAAAAACUUCCAGAAUACAAGAAUCCAUAGAAGCAUAUCCAUAACCAAAAUAAGGAUGUAGCCACCCUGACAACCACUUAAUGCCAAGAAUGUCAUAAAUGUCCUACGAACAUCACACGAUAUUCAACUCAAAAGACUCGUCUCGAAGUCAGAAAACAACGUGUACUAUUUUCGAGCGCCCGAAAAAACUACCAAGUGUGUGCAACAAUUGAAAAAUUUUCGUCUCUUUCGUGCGUUCAAUGGGUCUAUCCCUCUUUUAUUAAAUUUAUUGUCAAUGUAAUGUAUAUAAAACUUGUCGAAAUGAAAAGGGUCUCAGUCUAAAUCUUGUGUUGCCCGUGACAUCAUCAUUUCGAAAUGCUUUCCGUUGAGCAGACUUAUUCGAGGCUCUUUAGGCCGUGGGACGUAAGUGAUAAAAGUGAUGCAACCAAAGAGGAAAUUAAAAGUAAAAAGAGAAAAAUCGAAGAACAAAAACGACAGAAUCGCUUGAGGAAGAUCCGUGGAAUAUACAAGAGAGACAUUAAUCAAGACGCCACUGUGUCGACGACAACUGCAGAUGAAGACGUAAACAAGCCUGUGGAUGCUGAGUCGCCAGUGACCAGUUUGAGUUUGUGCUGUGACAGACUGCUUCAGGAUCCGCAAAAAAUAGAAGUCCGCAAAAAAGAGAGUCCACAUUCAGAACCUAGCCCGCUAAUCCACACAUUAUCUGAGUCACCAGGUAUAUCCGUACAUCCGAUGAUGUACAACCAAAUGGUGACACCUGAAUACGCCCCUUCAGACAUUGCACAGGCAUUAGGUAUACCACCAACCGAUCCUUUACUUCUGGAAUCACUAGCCCAAGGCUACGCGAUGGAGCUGGAAUACGCGAGGAUACUCCAACAAGAAAACGAAGCGAAAUUAAUGAACGCUAGAAAACAACGCCCAAAAAAAUACAAAUGUCCACAUUGUAACGUUGGCUUCUCCAAUAAUGGUCAGCUGAAGGGUCACAUACGAAUCCAUACAGGAGAAAGACCUUACAAAUGCGACGAAAAGAACUGCGGCAAGAGUUUCACCAGAAACGAAGAGUUGACCAGACAUAAAAGAAUACAUUCUGGCGUGAGGCCGUUUCCUUGUGCGACUUGCGGGAAGAAGUUCGGGAGAAGAGAUCAUUUGAAGAAGCACACGAGGACGCAUUUCGUGCAGGCGGAGAGGAUGAUGCCGGUAUUCGUGCCUCUAGCAGCCAUGCCUCAUGUCGCAGCGUACCCAUAUCUAUAUGGUUACUGAUGAGCUAUGAAUCCAAGAGGAAUAAGGAAUUAAACUGUCAGCUCUAGCGUGGCCUCCAGCGUGCUGUGAAAAUUCAACAUCUACGGAACAUUUUUUCAGCAAUUAAUUAAUAGGUCAAAAAUAAUGAAAUUGCGGAAAAUUUUAACGAAAGAAGUUGCACGGAAGCAAUUUUUCGAAGCCAUAGACAAUAUUGUUUUGUAUUCAAGAUAUUCUUUCGUGAAGACAAAGUAUGUGUUGCGUUAUGACUUUGAUUGCUCUUAAAAUUUGUCAAGCGUUUUUGAAAAAUAUCGUCUAUACUAUUUGGUGAUGAAUUUAUUCACUGUCUAUACGUAUUACGGGAACAAAUGCACAUGUUGUAAUAAUUAUUAGGUAUGUACACGGUAUAAGACAUUUUGUCAAUUUUAGAUAAAUUACAUUAAAGUAUAUAAAGGUAUAUGUUUGCAGAAGAAAUAUUUUUUGAGAAUUUAUUAUUAUGUAUUAAAAUAAAUAUAUUUUUGCAAUUGAA